GCUGUUGAUGUUGCAGUGCAGUCCGCUUGCUUGCUUGGUCGUCGUACGGCGACGUCGCGGCGCUCGCAGCGGUUCAAGUGCGGUGGUGUGUUUUGUGCCAAUGCGACCGCGGCGUCGCAGUUGCAGAGCUGAUGAUCGCGAGCACGACGAGUUCUCAAGUGUGCAGAGCGUACGCCGCAGCUGAAACAAUUCCUACGUCGCUCAGCGCUCGCAACUGCGAGCUGCUCUCCGCUGCAGCAAGAGCUAGCCUGGCGACACAGCCUGCUAAACGCAGCGGCUGCCUAGCGCGCUCGCGAGCUGAGCGGUGCAAACGCAGUCGUCCAAUCGCAUUUAUCGAGAUCGGUAAGAGAACCGCGCGUGACGCGCCGCCGCGUGCGUGAAACUCACAAGCACCUUGCUGCAGCUGUGCAGCACGCGACGACGUCAAGCGAUGCCCAAGCCCAGCAAGAGCAAGAAAGGCAAGGGCAAGAAGCCGCCGCCGCCGCCGUCGUCGAGUUCAUCGGACGCCGAGAGUAGUGAUUCGGACGACGAGCGAAGCUACGAGGACGCGCCGCGGACCUGGGGCGACGCCGAAAGAGCACAAAACAGCGAGCAACAACGUGAAUCGGGAGCGCUCCAGCAGCUCAAAGACCAAGCCCUCGAUGAUCUGAGUAGUGACGACGAGGACGCGGGCAACGCGACGGGCCGCGUGCCGACGCACUGGUAUGAAGGGUAUGAUCACAUCGGGUACGAUGUGAGCGGCAGUAAAGUAGUGCCCGAGAAACCUCUAGAUGGUUUAGAUUUGGCGAUCGAGGCGGACGACGGCGAGGGCGUGACGGUUUAUGACAAACUAAAUGGGCGGAACGUUCGUAUUUCCAAGAGGGAAUUGGAGCAGAUCCGACGGCUCAAGAAGGGCGCCUUCGCGAACCCCGAGACGGAGAUGUACCCGGAUACGUAUCGGUCUUCUGUUAUUGAGACUACUCCAUUACACAACGCGCCGGAACCCAAACGUAGAUUCAUCCCCUCGAAGUGGGAGGGCAUGCGCAUCCACCGGCUGGCCCAGGGCUUAGCUGAUGGAAGGCUACGAACUAGAGAAGAAAACAGACGUCUGAGGAAGGAAGCUAGAGAUCCGGAACGGCGGUUCCUGGAGGCGGCGGCUAGCAUGUGGGGUCCCGAGGACGUCGAGGAUCCGUCGGGGCGGCGGAAGGGUCCGUUGCCCGUGCCUGCUCCCAAAUUAAAGUUGCCAGGACAUGAGGAGAGUUACAGACCUCCUGCGGAGUACUGCGUGGACGACGAGGGACGGCCAUUAACGGAGCCGGAGGAGGGCCAAGAUUUCGUGCCAAAGCAGCACGACUCCUUACGACGAGUAGGUGUGUAUGAGAAGGGCGUCCAGGAGCGGUUCGAGCGGUGCCUGGAUUUGUAUCUGUGCCCCCGCAAGUUGAAAAGGAGACUCGCCAUCGACCCCGAAUCUUUGGUGCCGAAGCUGCCCGAUCCUAGGGACUUGAAGCCGUUCCCGAACGCGCUAUGUCGGUCCUUCAUCGGCCAUACUACGGCAGUGGUCGCUCUGGACUGUUCGCGCGACGGCCAGUGGCUCGUUUGUUUCAGUGUCCUAAUCAUCGAAGCGCGCAUUUGGUCAAGGCGCGGCUACCCAUCUGUGGCAGACCGACGUCGUUUGAGCGCGCGAUAGUUACUUCGACCGGCGUUAACCCAUUGGUGGCUGUGUUACGCAUUUACCAAGACCCGGCGAGACAUAUAUAUACCUACACAGGCGACGGCGGACGACAGCGGCCGCGUGCUGUUGUGGGAGGUGUCCACCGGGAAGUUAAUCAGAGAAACGGCGGUCCCGGGGCCCUUGUCAGCUUUGAGAUGGAACCCGCACCUCGAGCACCACGUCCUAGCUGUUGCCGGCAAGGAGGGUGUAUAUCUCGUGGACACGAGAACAGCGAGAGGCGACGACCGCGAGGCCACCAAGGCUUUGCUGGAGGGCGAGGACGACGAGGGGGUCAUAGAGCAGCGCCGGGACGCGGAGGUUGUUGGUGUCUGGUCGACGCUACAGCAGGAGCCUUGCACUAUCGUCAAAUGUGCGUUAGCCGCCCCAGCGCGGACGGUGGCCUGGCAUGCGAGGGGCGACUACCUCGCGACGGUGUCGCCCGACGCCAUCGCGUCGAUGCAGUGCGUCGUGCAUCGCUGUUCUCGGAGAUCUUCCCAGGCACCCCUCAAAAGGGGCGACAAGGGGGGCCAGAUCCAGAGCUGUGUCUUUCACCCGUCCAAGCCCUUUUUAUUUGUUGCUUCGAGAACUACGGUCCGCUUGUACCACCUUGCGAGGCAGGAGCUCGUGAAGACGUUGCGAUCGGGAUGCAAGUGGAUCUCCUGUCUGGCCAUCCAUCCCGGUGGGGACCAUUGUGUGGUCGGGAGUCGGGAUCUGCGGCUGUGCUGGCACGACCUGGAUCUGGGGGAGCAGGCCCAUCGCACGCUCAAAUAUCACGACAAAGCACUCAGGGCGGCAACGUUCCAUCCUAAAUCUUCGAGGUAUCCUCUGAUGGCGACGUGUUCGGACGACGGCACGGUCCAGGUCUUCCACGCGAAGGUCUUCGACGACUUGACGACGAACCCUUCCAUAGUACCGGUGAAGCGGCUGGACGUGUCUUCACCAAAAGGCUGCUUGGACUGCGCGUUCCACCCGACGCAGCCGUGGCUCUUCUCUGGUAGUGCGGACGGGUCGGUGAAGCUGUUCCACGCGCUGUGACGUAAUUUAUUCUAUUAUC